CCUGUGGGCAAGGACAGUCUUUGUGACAGAUACCCAGCAGUUAGGACUGCAGGUUGGCAGGACACAAAUGCCAGCCCCCAGACCCCCUGAGGAAAGUGACACCACCCGAGGCCACACCUCUGUGCUGCUGGCUCACAGAGAUCAGUGGUGACCGGAAAGAAUCUCUGAGUCAAUGUCAGCCUCCUGUGAGCUUCCCAAGUCCUCUUUCAAGGUUGCCAGCCAGCCCCUUCUUUUCUGGAGACGGGCAGGGAACUCCCUAUAUAGACAGCCCAUUCAUCCUCAGCGAUUCUACCUGCUAGAACGUUCUCCCCUUUGCCGAGCCCAAAUCUUUCCCUGUCGUUUCUGCUCUCCGUCCUCAUUCUAUGCCUUGGGACAGGGAAAAAUGUCCACAACACUGUCUCCUGCACAGCCUUUCCCGGCGGAGACACUGCUGGGAGCCUGGGCCCCUCCAGGUGAGCCCUGCCCCUGGUUUUACUUGAGCCAGGCCUGACAUGAUAUGGUUUGAGUCCCUUUGCUACCUGAUGACUUGCUUGCUUAUAAGCAUUUUUCGUUUUGUUUUUUUGUAAUGUGGAAAAUCUCAAAUCUAUUCCUAAGUGGAGAUGUGGCCUCAAUGCCCCACCUCUGUUAAUGUUCUGAGGCUGCCUGUACUUGGUGGGUGGCCAUCGCCGGCAACUUCUCCUGAGCUCCCUGUGCACUGGGUGCACCUGUCACACCGCAGCUCGUCCUCUGUACCCUGGCCCCGGGUAAAUGCUCCUUAUUGCCAGCUAGUCAAGAUCAGGAUUCGCCCUAGCCAGUUUGGCUCAGUGGAUAGAGCAUCGGCCUGCAGACUGAAGGGUCCAGGGUUCGAUUCCAGUCAAGGGCACAUGCCCGUUGCAGGCUCAAUUCCCAGGCAGCCAAUCAAUGAUUCUCUCUCAUCUUUGAUGUUUCUGUCUCUCUCUCCCUGUCCCUUCCUCUCUGAAUCAAUAAAAAUAUAUUAAAAAAAAAAAAAAGACCAGGACUCAUUCCAGCACCUGCUCUCCGGUGCCCUCUGCUUUCUCUGCAUCCCUCCCUACCUACUGGGGCCCCAUGCUGGGAGGAAGUGGGUGUGGGGAUCAGGGGCGCCCCGAUGGUGCUGGCUCUCUGGCCAGCCCAGCACACAUCUGGGUGGUUCCCCUUUCAUUACAACACACACUUGGCCUCCGCAGGAAACAGAGGAAAGAACAGUAUCCACUGCCAGCUUCUCCAGUCUUUUGGCACGUGGACAGCGCUUCAAGAACGCUUCCACUGGAUCAGCGCUGCGGGCGCCUCCCGGCCUGGAGCUUUCAGGAAGGAAGGCCCGGCCAGGGCAGCCUGCGCAGGUGCGCUACCUCGAAAGCCUGGGGCAUGUACCACUCCCACUGCAGAGCACAGCGGGGCGCCCACCAGGCCUGCCCUAGGCGCAAGGCCUCGAGUGGCACUGGGUGAGGCGGAGACUGUUGAGCACGUGCCUCAGCCGAUAGCCAACCACCAGGCCGACUCCAGACCUCACUCGCCUCGUUGCCGAUGGGCCCCAGGAGGUGCUGAGCCGGCCUCACUUCUCCCUGAUUUUCCUAGGACUUCGGUGUGAACAGGCUCCCCUUGAGGCCAGAAAUAAAACUAAACCCCCAGAUGGACUCCCAAGGCUUAAAUGUCCUUUGAACCCAGCUACUGCUUCCCCACAUGACAGCCUCACUUUAGAGCCACUUUUCAUCUCUUCCAGCCCCUGUCUAUGCCCAGCGCAGGGUCACCUCUGCAGAAACCUGGACCCAGACCUGAGGCUGGUCUCCACUUAGGUCUCAUUUGUGCCACAUCUCCUGGGCUGUUCCUCAGAGACAGUGCGAGCUGGUGAGACAGAGGGACCCAGGCAGGAGGGCUGCUGCCCUCACCUCCUCUCCAGGCCACUGCGACGAGGCAGAGGAACGUACGGAUGGAGGGUGAAUGUGAGACACCGAAGUUUCGGGAGAGGCCACGGCUCUCGCCCCCUCAAAACACAACAAAGGUCUGACAGAGGAAGAAUGCGCGGCCUGCCGCCCAAACCCGUUCUGCUGGCACUGGCGUCCGUCUGUCCGGGGGACUUUAAUGAGCCACCUCAUUCCGGGAGUUGAUUCACCAGCGCCUGGCCCUGGCCUGGCCCCUGAAGUGGCGUGGCACCUCCCCAGGCCCUGGAAGGCUGGCCAGCAAGCCCAAGCUGGGGGGUUGGGGUGGGGGGACACGACUCCUGUCUUGCUGCAAGGGCAGCUGUCUAUAUACACGGGCUGGGAGUACUGGGGGGCACAGGGGCGUGUCUGAGUGUUGGCAGUUUAGCAGCUAUUACAGAUCUUGGCCAAGAAUUCAAAGCUGAAUGACUAUUUCCAUUUCUCAGUCCAGGUAAUGGAACCUCUACCCUCUCCUGUCUUUCGGUGUCGGAGGCGUGAGUGAGGCUCCGGAGAGUGGGAGCCGGGCGCACGCGCACAUGGAGCAGCAGAGGGAGGAGGGACAGCAGCCCUCACACUAGGUGGACAGCCCUGACCAGGAACUACGGCCCGUUUGCAUCCUUCCUACCCUCCCGUUCAGCACAGGGCUGGGCAUCCUGCAGGAUCCACACAAGACUUGUUGGAAGUGAACAGCGUUAAAAAGAAACCCUGAUAUCAACAAAGCCCAUGCUUCGCUCCUGUCCUCCCUGUGCCCUCACAGCUCUCCUGCUGGGACAAACAGGUUGGCAGCCUGGGUGACGGCACCCCACGGGACAGGGUUCUCCCUGGCCAGAGCGAUGAGGCCACAUCUCACACGCACCUCCAUCCUGCAGGGCACCUCCAUCCUGCAGGGCGAGUGGCCGGCAGGCCUCCCCACCUGGGUCCCAGCAGCAGGUGGCAGACGCCCAGAAGCCCUCCUCUGCGCCCCUGGGACAGCCCUGGGCUGGAGGUCCCCUCAGCCACCCGCCGUGGCCGCCAGAACUGCGGGGGGAAUCACCAGGCCAAAGAAGUCAAUGAUUUCGGCAAACGGAAUUUCUUUGUCCUUUGUAAAAGUCAACACACGAUCUGUUCCUGAUUGGGAUGUGAAAUAAAACUAAAAAUAACAGCACAGAGAGUCUCCUGCAAGGCUCCCAGCUCACCUUUACCACAGUCCAAGUUCAGUUAUCAGAUCCCAGGGAGCAGCUAAGCAGCAAGUCAAACACAGGUGAGGGAGGAGGCGGGAGGGGGACGCUCGUCCCUCACCGCACGGCCCUGCUGGACCUGGAACCCCCGCCAGAACGCGGGGAAGCAAGAAACUGUAAACAGCCCGGCCGCUAGUCCACCUCCGGGAGGAGGCAGCUCACUCCCCUCUCGUGCCCGUUCCCCGCCGGAGCCCCGGGUACGGAGGCCACGGACCGGGGACACAUCCCGCCAGCGCCGCGGGCCUUUGGGCCCCGGUGGGUCGGCCACCCAGGGACCCACGUGCCUGACCAUGGGGCUCCUGAGCCGGGAAGCCUGGGCCCAGCGCCUGGGCGCCUUCCGGGCCAGCCCGUCCGCCUACAUGGCAGCUCCUGAGGGUGAGGAUCUGGGUCGUGACCUGCUGAGCGACCUGCGGAGUGAGAAGCUGAGCGAACAGACCAAGGUUUCCAUGUUGGCCCUGAGCUUGGAGUACCCAGCCCAGCUGUGGCCAGAUGCCCCUGCAGCUGAGGCAGCUGCCACCUCCCUGUUGGAUACCCUGGUCCUUCUACCCCCGCGGCCAUCAGCUCUGCGGAGGCCCCUGUUGCUGGCAGCAACCACAGCCCUGGUGACCGGAGGUGUGCUCGGCCCCACCUCCGGGGCCUCCCUGCGGCUCCUGCCCCUGCUGCUCGGCUUGGCUUCAGGUGGUGAUCUGGGGCGAGGCUUUGGCCCCUCCUCGGAGCAGCGACCCCUGCAGGCCACUGCGUGCGAGUGCCUGCGGGAGCUGGAGAGCUGCAAGCCUGGGCUGCUGGGGGGCUGCCUGGGGCUUCUUCGUGGCCUGUUGGGACAAGAGGGCCCCGUGGCCCCUGUCCAGCCACUCAGCCUGCUGCUGGCACUUGCCCUGCGAAACACCUUGGUGAUACAGGCUAGGGCCAGGGCCAGCCUGCAGGGCCUGCUCACAGUCAGGGCUCCUCCCCCUGGGGGUGGCCCCUGGAACUGGACACUAGCUCAAGAGGGCGAUGCCCACCUUCAGCCCCAAGCGCCCAGUUGGCCGGCAGCUGAGGAGGAGUGUGGCCUUUCAGCGCUAGAGCCCAGCCCCGAAGAGGCCCGGGAGCUGCGGGCUGCAGUGGCCCAGCUUCUGGACACCUCGUACCUGCUCACACCUGUGGCCCAGGCCCAGCUUCUGUGGCUGCUGGGCUGGGCCCUGCGGGGUCUGCGGGGACAGCCGCCAGUGCUCUUCAAGCCACAGCUGGUACGGCUGUUGGGCACAGCCCAGCUGGCACUGCUGCACGCUGUCCUGGCACUGAAGGCGGCCUUCGGCGAGGCACUGUUCACAGCCCAGGACGAGGCCUUGUUGCUCCGCCGGCUCACCUUGGCCGCGCAGCACCCAGCCCUGCCCCUGCCCGCCCAUCUCUUCUACCUGCACUGCCUCCUGAGCUUCCCAGAGAACUGCCCGCUGGGCCCCGCCGGUGAGGAGGCUGCCCCGCUGCUGCUGGAACCGCAGCUCUGCCGUGGCCUCCUACCCAACCUCCUUCAUGACCCGCUGGCCCUGCUGGCCCGCCUGCACCUGCUGUGCCUUCUCUGUGCUGAGGACGAACAAAAGGAGGAGAAAGGACAGGCUCAGAGCCCCUGCCACUACUUGCAGGAACUCCUGGCCGGCCUGCAGCAGAGGGCGGCCCUUACCGGAGGCCCCCGGGCCUUGGCUACACUCUGCUUCCAGGCGUCAUACCUCGUUGCUCUCUGCCUGGCCGGGCACCGUACAGUGCUGGCACCCUUGACCCACGGGCUGGCCCAGCUCUACCGAGCCCGGCCUGCGCUGGCUCCCCAUUUUGUUGACCUCUUGGAUCGAGUGGCCCCGGAGCUGGGGGAGCCCCUGCGGGUGGUGUUGCGGCAAGAGGUGGUGUCCAGGCCAGGUGGGGGUGAGGCCCUUCGUUGGCACCUGCAGAUGCUGGCAAAGGUGGCAGACAGGGACGCUCAGAGUGCCACCCUCGGUUUCCUGCAGGCUGCAGCGGCCCACUGCACGGACUGGGGCCUCCAGCAGGCCUUGCUGCGAGUCUGCCGGGCCCUGCUGCGGGUGGGGGUUGGGGGAGGCCUGGCAGACUUGCUGCAGGCAUUGGCCAGGCAGCUGGAGGACCCUGAUGGGCGGGACCACGCCCGCCUCUACUACGUCCUCCUGAGCCACCUGUCAGGGCCCAAGCUGGGGGUGGCGCUGGGCCCCUCCCUUGCUGCACCUGCACUGACCUCUUCGCUGGUGGCCGAGAACCAGGGCUUUGCCACGGCACUGAUGGUGCAGGAGGCCCCAGCCCCGAUUCGGCUGAGCGUGGGGCCCCAAAGGGCUGAGGGCCCGGUCCCAGUGCUGCAGCUCCAGGUAGAGGUGCUGGAGCCCGUGUACUCUCUGGAGCUGCGCUUCCGAGUGGAAGGACAGCUCUAUGCACCCCUAGGGGCCGUCCACGUGCCCUGCCUGUGCCCUGGCCGCCCGGCCCGCCCUCUGCUCCUGCCCCUGCAGCCCCAGCGCCCGGCCCCGGCACAGCUGGAUAUCCGUGCUCUUUACACCAAGUCCACUGGCCUCACGUGCUAUACCCACCUGCCACCCCUGCCUGUGAAGUUCGCUGACCUCUUCCUGCCUUUCCCGAAGCCCCCCGAGGGUGCCAGGUUAGGCUUCUUUGAGGAACUGUGGGACUCGUGCCUGCCAAAGGGCACCGAGAGUCGCCUGUGGUGCCCUCUUGGGCCUCAGGGUCUGGAGGCCUUGGUGUCACGCCACCUGGAGCCCUUUGUAGUGGUGGCCCGGCCGCCCACUAGCUACCACAUAGCCAUCCGCCUGCCCCCGGACUCCAAGCUGCUGCUGCGGCUGGAGGCAGCCCAGGCGGACGGAGUGCCCGUGGUCCUGCGGACGGAUGCCUGGGCUGUGCUGCCCCUGGUGGGGGACUACCUCCGCGGGCUGUCGGCUGCGGUCUGAGCCCCGGCUGGGCUGGGCCAGGUGGGAACGGGACUGUGGCCCUUACAGGGUCUUGUCUAAGACGGGCAGCUGCAGAGCAGGACCCAGUCCUAUGGAUCCUUUGUUCAAAAACCUCCGUUCACCAAUGACCCUCGUUUGUUUUCUUCUGGGCCCUAAUCAGGAGCAGACCCCUGGGAUGGGGUCAGAGGCUCCCCGAAAGCUUCUAGAGUAGGAACCCCUCAGACUGCGGGGCCCCAAAGUUCCCUCCUGGCAAAUAGCCUGGGAUUCUCCAGAAUCUCUGCUUCCCAGAGGGUCUGGUCUUGCCCAAAGCUCCCCAGUAAUUUAGGAAUGAGCCUGGAGCUAGGGGGCCUCUCACCUGUGGGCCCGUGCUUUUCAGCUCCUGAGGGUUGCAGGGUCCCUGACCCCGGGAGCUUAGGCUAGAAACAGUGAGGAGACUGCAGUGUCCGCUUCCCUGGGGAGUGAGGCUCCCCCAGGCUGGGGAGGGGAGCCAGCUCUAGGAAGGGCCUGCUGGUACAGUUUCAAGGCUGAGGGGGCCUCAUGGUCUGGGCUAAAACGAAGCUGGGUUUUCCUUACCCCAUCAGUGGACCUCGAAAUCUUCCUCUAAGAACCACCCCGUCGUUCUUAUUCCAAAUAUGCAAAAUACUCAG